AUGUCGGACCAGAAGGAAGGGGAGUUGCAGGUGAAUGAGCUGAAGGUCCUGACUGAAAACACACAGUAUUACAUACAGAGAUGGCCGGAGAGGAAAGCAUGCCAAAUCACAAGGUUCCCGCAUCCAUACCCUCAGUUGGCUUCAUUACAGAAGGAGAUGGUGAGACGAGCCUCUGCCUUGUCUGGUGUGGUGUGGUCGUAUCCCGGAGAGUUUAAAAACAAAGAAGCAGCUGGACAGGUUCGUGGCUCUCCUAAUGAGUUUGCAGGCAUAGGCCCAACAUCACCACUGCUUUGGCUCGCAAGGAGGUUUGCUAUAUUAUCCGGGCCAACAAUUCCCAUCAUUGGUGAGGGAAAGGAAGAAGCAAAUGAUAGGUAUGUUGAGCAGCUUGUUGCGAGUGCAGAGGUAGCAGUGGAGGAAGUCAUCCGCCGUGGGGUGGCUCAUCCAGGCAAAAUUGCAAUCGGGGGACAUUCUUAUGGGGCGUUUAUGACAGCAAAUCUGUUGGCACAUGCCCCUCAUCUUUUCAGUUGUGGCAUUGCUCGCUCAGGAGCUUACAAUAGAACACUUACACCUUUUGGGUUUCAGAACGAGGAUAGAACCCUCUGGGAAGCUACUGAUACUUACAUCAAGAUGAGUCCUUUCAUGUCUGCCGAUAAGAUUAAGAAGCCCAUCCUGCUUAUCCAUGGAGAAGAAGACAACAACUCAGGAACACUGGCAAUGCAGUCGGAUCGUUUCUUCAAUGCGUUGAAGGGGCAUGGGGCACUCUCUCGCCUAGUCAUAGGUGGCUACAGAAAUUUUGUGUUUCCAACUCUUGUGAAGAAAAAGAAGAUACCGAUGAAACCAAAGCAACUGUUGAUACAGAGAUUGAAGACAUUGGAGUUGAUACUCUUCAUUACAAUACAAGAUCAUCACUUUGACCUCUCUGGUUUGGGUCGGAGCUGACAGGGUCCAUUGUUAUAUGAAGAAAAUUGUUGGCAUGCCGUUUAGCUCUUAACAAAAACAUGAUAUGGCUGACAAUUCUUCUGCUUGAUGUUGUACAAGAUGUGAAGGGAAGGCUACUGUUGUAUAAUCAAUCCAUCAUAAAAAAAAACCAACUUUGUAAUAAUGUAUGUAUUUCAUAUUCUUUCGGCAAUGUGGAUUUAUCUACAUUGUUGGAUGCAAAGAUUCAAAAAGUUCAUCUAAUUGAUCCAGCUGCCAGUCAAGACAUUUCCAUCUUCAGGAUUGGUUCGGUUUGUUCACAAGUGAUGGGAAACAUCCGAUUUGUGCUGGAAGGUUCAAAGUAGCUUUUCCAUAUGAUUUUGUAGAAGCAUAAACUGAUCAAAUAGGUACUAGGGGUCCAGAUGCCGGUCAGCCGGAGCUCAAAUAGUUAAGGACAUGCCAAAGCCUAGGUCCAAAGUAACAAAGCCCAUGUUAAUACAUGGCCGUAUGCAUUAUAGAUAUAACUAGAAGCUGCUAGUCCCUGCGUUGCAUUGACACAGACGGGUUUAUCCAUAUUUUAUUUUAGAUGAAAAUAGCAUAUGAUACUCAAGACGUAACAUACGAUGUUCAAAAGGCAUUGUACCAAAAAAUUACACGAUGACAUUUUCUGUAAAUUACGGGAACAACUUUUGUAAUUUUUCUGUAAAAAAAAAAAAAUACACAAGAACAUUUUUUAUAAAUUACGGG